UACCCAUUCGGCUUUUGAAGUCAUCGGGGUUUUGGUUCCGCCGCAAGUGUGGCGUCUAAAAAAGGCGCAUAGGUUGGAUAAUCAUUUCUUAAAGGCUGCGUCCGUAAUUCUGCUUCGCCUGAACGCGCAACCCAUCCGGUCACUGAUGGCCUCCGGGGGACCGCUUAAGCAAAUGUUCAGCAACAUGGCGGCCCAGAUGAAUGGUGCCGCCAAUGGCGGGGGUGAGGAUACGGCCGCGGCCAAGGCCGCCAAGCGACUCUCAGUGGAGCGCAUAUACCAGAAGAAGAGCCAGCUGGAGCAUAUCCUGCUGCGACCGGACUCGUACAUCGGCUCGGUGGAGCCGCUGCAGGAGAGCAUGUACGUGUACGACGAGGAGGAGGGCAUGGUGCAGCGAGAGAUCACCUUCGUGCCCGGCCUCUUCAAGAUCUUCGACGAGGUGCUGGUGAACGCGGCCGACAACAAGCAGCGCGACCCCAACAUGGACACCAUCAAGAUCGACAUCGACGCUGAGAACAAUACAAUCUCCAUCUUUAACAAUGGCAAGGGAAUUCCAGUUGUAACACACAAGGAUGAGAACAUGUACGUUCCUACGAUGAUCUUCGGUCACCUGUUGACUUCCUCCAAUUUCAACGACGAGGAGCAGAAGGUAACUGGUGGCAGGAACGGAUAUGGUGCGAAGCUCUGCAACAUCUUCUCCACCAAGUUCAUUGUGGAAACGGCCUGCAAAGAGUACAAGCGCUCUUUCAAACAGACGUGGGCCAACAACAUGUCCAAAACGUCCGAGCCCAAAAUCAAGGACUUCGCCGGCUCAGACUUCACGAAGGUGACGUUCAGCCCGGACCUGAACAAGUUCAAGAUGCCGUGUCUGGACAAGGACACGGUGGCGCUGCUCUCGCGGCGGGCCUACGACGUGGCCGCCAGCACGCGCGGCGUCAAGGUGUUCCUCAACGGCAAGCGGCUGCCGGUGAAGAGCUUCAAGGAUUACGUGGACCUCUAUCUCAAAGACAAGGUGGACGACACCGGCAACCAGGUCAAGUGCGUCUACGAGAACUGCAACCCGCGCUGGGAGGUGGCCAUCGCCAUCUCGGACAAGGGCUUCCAGCAGGUCUCCUUCGUCAACAGCAUCGCCACCACCAAGGGCGGCCGCCACGUGGACCACGUCGCGGACAUGCUGAUCAAGCAGCUGAUCGACACCAUCAAGAAGAAGAACAAGGGCGGCGUCCAGAUCAAGCCAUUCCAGAUCAAGAACCACAUGUGGGUGUUCAUCAACUGCCUGAUCGUCAAUCCUGCUUUCGACUCGCAGACCAAGGAGAACAUGAUCCUGCAGACCAAGAGCUUCGGCUCCAAGUGCUCCUUCAGCGACAAGUUCAUCGGGCAGGUCAACAAGUGCGGCAUCGUGGAGUCGGUCAUGGCCUGGGCCAAGUUCAAGGCGCAGUCGCAGCUCAACACCAAGUGCAACGCCAAGAAGCAGAACAAGAUCCGAGGCAUCCCCAAGCUGGAGGACGCCAACGACGCCGGCACGCGCUACUCGCAGGACUGCACGCUGAUCCUGACCGAGGGCGACUCGGCCAAGACGCUGGCCGUCAGUGGGCUGGGCGUCAUCGGACGCGACCGCUACGGCGUGUUCCCGCUCAAGGGGAAGCUGCUCAACGUGCGCGAGGCGUCCCACAAGCAGAUUCUCGAGAACCAGGAGAUCAACAACGUCAUCAAGAUCAUGGGCCUGCAGUACAAGAAGAAGUACGACACCAGCGAGGACCUGAAGACGCUCCGCUACGGGAAGCUCAUGAUCAUGACAGAUCAGGAUCAGGACGGCUCACACAUCAAGGGCCUGCUCAUCAACUUCUUCCACCACAACUGGCCGACGCUGCUGCAACAGCCGUUCCUCGAGCAGUUCAUCACGCCCAUCGUCAAGGCCAGCAAGGGCAAGGAAGAGGUCAGCUUCUUCUCAGUACCCGAGUUCGAGGAGUGGAAGCAGAACAAGUCCAACUGGCACACCUACAAAAUCAAGUACUACAAAGGUCUGGGCACCUCCACCGCCAAGGAGGCCAAGGAGUACUUCUCAGACAUGCUGCGUCACCGGAUCAAGUUCCGGUACGAGGGCGACCCGGCCGACCGCGCCAUCAACAUGGCGUUCAGCAAGAAGUGCGUGGACCAGCGGAAGGAGUGGCUGACCAAUUGGAUGGAGGAGUGCAAGCGUCGCCGCGAGCUGGGGCUGCCCGAGCUCUACCUCUACGAGAAGGAGACGCGCGCUGUCAAUUACACCGACUUCGUCAACAAGGAGCUGGUGCUCUUCUCCAACCUGGAUAACGAGCGCUCCAUCCCGUCUCUGGUGGACGGCCUGAAGCCGGGCCAGCGUAAGCUCUGA